UUAAAAAAGCCACCGCCCAUUUCCGACCGGCGUUUCAGUUAAGGAGUGACGCCGCGAAGAUUUCACCAUUGUUUUAAUUUGCUAGAUCCAUUCUGAAUAAUUUUUUUUUUGUGGCGAAAGAAAAAAAAAAGGUGUUUGUUUAUUUUCUAAAUUUGAACGACUGUUUCAAGUGUGUGAUACUACUGGACACGCGCAGCUCUAGAUCUAAUUUCAAACUUUAAGCCAUGUCUACCACAGUUGAUAAGGAAGGCGUCAAUGACGCCUACGAAGAAGUUAGAGCUGACAACAGUGAAACCAAUUGGUUUACAUUACGGUUUAAUGGAAAUCUAAUAGAAGUUGACAGCAAGGGAAGUGAUUAUGAUGAGUUUGUUUCAAAGUUCACAGAUGAAGAGAGAAUGUUCGGUUAUGUCAGAGUGACCACUGGAGAUGAAAUGAGUAAAAGAGCCAAGUUUGCAUUUAUUACAUGGUCCGGCAGUCAAGUGAGUCCCAUUAAAAAAGCCAAGCUGAGUGUGGACAAGGCACUUGUGAAACAUGUCAUCAAAAAUUUCGCUGUUGAAAUUUUGGCAGAGGAUCAUAACGAUGUUUCUUUAGAAACUGUUAGCGCAGCAUUAAGGAAAGCUGGCGGAGCAAAUUAUGGAACUGGAGUGUCAUCGUAACAAUUUAUGUCGCUCAUAGAAUUCAAGUAGCUUUUCACCACAAAAAAAAAUUAUCAAAAUGCCUUUUUAAAUGAACCUAUUUUCUUUUUGCUGCUUUCAUAGUACAAUAAUGAAAAAAAAAUUAAAAUGAGAAAAUAAACCAGCUCAUUUAGUCUUCAAUUUUUUGUCAUCAAAUAAAUAUUUUGUAAAUCAUUUUGUUUAAAAAUGAUACAUUUUAAUGCUAUUAAUUGGGGUUACAUCUUUGUUUAUUAUAUUUUUAUGAGGAUUUUUUUAUAUAGGCUAGUUAUUUUAUUUUACUUCAGAUUUGCUCAUCAGCAAUAUAAACCUACAAAGGGACAACAUUUUGUUUGGUAUGUUGUUGUUAUUAUUCCAUUGCCUUUAAAGAUAUUAUUGAAAUACUCUUUGCUUACAUUUUUGAUUGUUUGGGAAAUAUACAAUAGUUUAAAUUGUCACUGAGCUCUGUAAUGCAAAAUCUUGUUCAGUUACCUUGUGGUGUUCGUCUGCAGUUAGUUUUCUGAAUGCAAGUCUUUACCACCAAAGAAAUAGUGUUACUUUUAUCAAAUGUGAAUUUUUUAUAGACUUGUGUGUUCAUUCAUCUUGAGUUAAAAGCUGACUUAUAGUCGGAGAAAGUAAAAUACGAGUUGGUUUGAAUGAAAGAUAAUACCAAAAUGGGCGUGAACAUUAUUUGUAUUGUAUGUGACUAUUUUUACUACUUGACUGUUUCAAAAAGUGGACAUGAUAAACAUUUGUUUCAUCUCUUAUUUUCAAAAUAAAUGUUUUUAAUAAAAUUA